AUGGGCAUCAACGGUGCUACAAAGGCUGCUCGCCAGAGCUGCAAAGGUUACUCGCCGGGGCGGCAAAUGGGCAUCGAUGUUGUGAUGGAGGCGCUGCCCACCGGCGACGGCAGAUGCUUCCACUUGUCUCAGGUUUUGCUGCUAACGGCCAACAUCGGUGCUACAAAUGGUCGGCGGUGGUCCUGCAACGAAUUUGAAAACGAUGGAUCGCACGAGCUCGACGCGGUGGACAUAUGCAUCAACAACAUCCACGAGAAGAAGCGCUGCAAGCGCGAAGCAGGCCUGGAGGGGCUCAUCGGCCUCCUCGAGGGCUUCAUACCGACAGACACGGUGGACUACCGGUACCUCACCAUAUUCUACCGCUGCAGAGCCUCCAUCGACAAGGGGUCUGCCGGGGAGGCCGUCCUCGCGUACCGCGCCAUCGGCCUCCUCGCGCUCAAUGUAGGUGCCAGCGCCGACUGCUCCAUGGAAAUCCUCACGAACACGCUCCACCUCAACGCCCUCGUGAAGACGUUGCGGACGCUGUCCGCCGCCGCCGCCCCGAAGGUGGUAGCCGCUAUCGACUGCCUCGCCAUCGUCACUUUCGCUGCCGCACGGCGCCCGCAGGACGUGGGGGCGUCUCUCCGCACCCUCUGGAGCGUGAUCAUGAUUACUCGCAACAUGAUGGCCAACAAUGUGGUCUUGAUCGCAGCCAUGUCCGCGUGGACCUUAUUGCUCACCGCCCUCGAGGGUGACUUUAUGACGUACAAGAUCCCAUUCCGUGACCUCGCCGAUCUACUUGACACUAGUGACCCAGCCCUCCUGACGACCUCCAGCGAGGCGCUGGCCGUGUGCGCCGAGCUCAGGUUGACGCGCCAUGCCUCGCCCGAGGAUAUACAGGCGCUCGAGAGCAAAGUGUCUGGCCUCGCAAGUGGCACCCGUGACGAAAACAAGAAGCUCAACAAGCAUAGGUUCAUGUUCCAGGAGAUCGCCGCCAACAUGAAACGAGGCAAGAGUUCGGAUGAGGAGUUGAUACCGACAUCAUCGAUCCAGCGAAGCGCGCUCAGGGUCUCCAAGUGGGCAAGGAUGGUCCAGCUCAGCUUCCUGAAGCGAUUCCUCGACGAGGGCUUCGACAAGCACCUCCUGCACAACCCACUAUUCCGGGAGAACUCCAGCAGCUACAUCACCGCCGAUGAGAGUAGUGAACUGCAAACCGGGAAGAGCAAACAACAAAGGUUUGGAAGAGAGAAGCAAUGGACUGUGUCCCUCAGGAAAGACCGCAUGAUUAGUUGGGAAAACAAAAACGUAUUCCAAUUUCCUUAAGCCACAAGAACAUUAGUACUACUAGUUUGUACUUUUCAACACUUUGCUAUACAAGCUAGGUUG